GUCAGAGAUGAGGCCUUACAAGACAGGUGUAUAUGGAAGCCAUUUUGAACUGAUUGACUUUAAAGACAUCGAAGACAUGCUUGUAGAAUAUAUCAAUAAAAAGAAGCAUGAUCUGAAAUCGAAUGAAUCAAUGGCUUUGGAAGGGGCUCACCCUACAGACACCAAUCUUAAUAGUCAGUACAUAUAUUACUACUAUUGUAGUAAGCUCCAACAGAAAACUAAGAAAGGCAGUGUACAGAAGACUGUUGGGCCUACUAGUGGAGAUGAUACAGACCAGAAUCUAUCUGUGUUAUCCAUUCAGGAAUAUCCGCAUGAGGACAAUAACUGGGUUUUCAAAGAGAAACAUGUACAAAUUAAAGAUCCUAGAAUGCUGAAAGAUGAACUAUCUAAAUGUUCUCCCUCUAGCAAGUUCAUCAUCAGUAAAGUGAAACAAGCACCUCAACCUAUGAGUGAUGUUACUGUUGAUACAACGAAGGUAGCCACUAAUGCUGUUAAUCCAGCUGAGCCAGAAAGUUCUGCACAUUCAGUCCAAAAACAGUCCAAUAAGGUCGACCCACCAAUUGUUCCUGAGAGGGAGCAAACUAAUAUACCUGCAAGUAGCAGUCAUAUGUUGCAUACUAAAAAUGUAGAGUCGUUGGUAACUCAGGCACCAGUUGCCCCAUCAUCCAUAGCAGUGAAUAAUAAGAGCCAAUGUACAAAAACUGCAGUGCAGGAUCAUAUCGAUAGAGUUAUUGAAGAAGUAAUGAAUGGUGCAGGAGGUGAAGGAAAAAAUGACAAAGACAACCAGAAAGAAGUAAACAAACCACGGAUGAGAAAACAAAAGAAACAAAGACUGAAAGAUAAGUCUAAAGCAAAUAAAGUAGAUCAUACACAAGGAAAUACAAGAUGGCAACUAAAUCCGCAGCUAAGAUCUCUUUCUCCAACAUUGUACCAUCCAUAUAUCCCUGCUGUAACACAUGGGCCGCAUAACUAUGGGGCACAGAGGCACAUCACUCCACCAGGCAUGCUACCUUUCAAUAAUCCAAUCCACCAGGGUGCAUCAAACUUCCCAAAUCCUAUCUACCAGGGAGUACCAAGCCAACCUAUGGGACAAAAUCCUCAUUGUAUCCAUCAAAUGAACCUCCCAGGAUUUCAACCUAUGACUGGUGUUUCAACUCCUGAGUUAACAAAACUUUUAGAACCCAGACAUCCUCAAGAUUACCAAAGAAGGAUCUCACAAAAGUCUCCUGAUUAUCAAGGAACCCACAAUUCUAAAUCCUCAAGAGAUGUCGUAAGUCCUGAAAGAGAGAAUCCAAAUAAGGAAGGAUUCCAGAAGUUGGUUACCUAUGCAGAUCCCAAAGAGACACAAAACAACCCUAGUUGUCAUGACUCGGUUUCUCCAAGAGAUCAACAUAUCUCCCAGUCACAUGAUACGGACAGAGUUCCAAAUGAGUCUGAAGUUGAAACUGUUACACUUCGUAUUUGUGGGCAAAUAGUUGAUUACCAAAAGGAUAAAACUGAUAUGUUACCAUCACCUAGAGAUACAUCGCCACCUACCGCAC